AUGAAUGGUGGAAACGAUGUCAACGCUUUCAUACAUCUCGCCGAUCUCUUGGCCGCACGGGGUUUUUUCAUCACCUUCGUCAACACAGAAUGGACUCACAAAUGCGUGUUUGAAAGUGCAAAGCACAAGUCGCAACUGCACUCCAAACCCAAUUUUCGAUUUUUGUCAUUCCCGGACGGCUUACCAGCGGAACAAGGCCGCACCUCCCAACCGGGCGAGCUAUUUACAGCGCUGGCAAAGUGUGGAGACGCCUUGGAGGCCCUCCUCCGCACUCAAUGUCAGAAUGGGAAUGGCGUUCCUCCCGUCACGUGCAUUGUGGCAGACUGUUGCAUGUCGUGCACGGCAUCAGUGGCCGCCAAUAUGCGAGUGCCAAGAGUACUCUUUUGGCCUGUUUGCGCCGCUGUCUUUAUUGUUCAGAAAUACGCUCAUUCUCUCCUUUCCCAGGGCCACAUUCCUGUCAAAGUUAGCGAGGGAAAUCAUCCGGAGAAAAUGAUCACUACUCUACCUGGGAAUACACCAGCUCUAAGGCCGAGCGAUUUGUUUUAUUUCUAUCGCGAGCAGUUUACAUCUGAUCUCAUCUACGAAGCUUUUCUCUUUGAAUCGCGAAUGUGUGACACGGGGGACUAUGUGCUUGUGAACACCUUUGAGGAAUUGGAAGGGAGAGAGGCGGCAGCGGCGCUUUCCAUCAAUAGCUUGGCCCUCAAAUCGCAAGAGCAGUUGGAUGAGCUGGCUCUGGGUCUGAAACAGAGCGAGUAUGCUUUUAUGUGGGUACUUCGCUCCGAUAUUGCUCAGAGACAGGCUGCUGUUUUGCCCGAAGAAUUGGAAGAGAGAACCAAAGAUCGCGCCUUGUUUAUCAGUUGGACGCCGCAAUUGAAGGUGCUUGCACAUCCUUCGGACGUGGACGUUGACGAUGGGAGGCUGGUGAGAAUAGAAGAGAUAAAGCUUGCAGUGAUGAGUGUGAUGGAAAGCAAGGAGUUGCAGAAGAAAGCUCAGGAGCUGAAGGAGGCGGCAACGAAAGCAGUGAUGGCGGGAGGUUCUUCUUUUAGCAACAUAACCACGUUCAUUCACGAUAUGCUUAAACAUGCCAAAUCACAGUCACUGUCCUCUACUAUGCACUGCGAGGAAACACGUGGUGAAAAAGAUGACAAUAUGCACUAG